AUGGAUCAGUUAAACCAAACAUCUGGAAACAGGUUCAUCCUUCUUGGACUCUCCAGUGUCCCAUAUCUUCGAGCUAUAUGCUUUCUCCUUUUUUUGGUGAUGUAUUUCAUCACAAUUUCUGGUAACAUUUUACUAAUUUUAGUGGUGAGAAUUAAUAUUCAGUUACAAACUCCUAUGUACUUUUUUCUUAGUAAUCUCUCGGUCAUUGAUAUCUUCUUCUCAUCUACCAUAGUGCCCAAAAUCUUGAUAAACACCUUAGACGAGGACAGAAGCAUUUCAAUUUUAGGAUGUGCACUACAGAUGUAUUUCCAUUUAGCUCUUGGUGCCACAGAGUGUAUAAUAUUGGCUGUAAUGGCAUUUGACAGGUAUGCAGCCAUAUGUAACCCUUUACAUUACAACAUUAUCAUGAACAAGAGAUUAUGUAUUUGUCUGGCCGCAGGAUCUUGGACAGUUAGUUUUAUGAUUACUGUUUUCCAUGUUGUUUAUACCUUCCAAUUACCUUACUGCAGAUCUCACCAAGUAAACCACUUUUUCUGUGAGAUGCCUCCUUUCUUUCGUCUGUCAUGCAGAGAUACUUGGCUCAAUGAGAUAGCAAUGUAUAUCUCAGCUGGAAUCAUUGCUAUGUGCUCUUUCUUUCUGACUCUUAUUUCAUAUAUUCAUAUAAUCUCUUCUAUCCUUAAGAUACAGUCCUCCCAUGGAAGGCAUAAAGCCUUCUCCACAUGUGCCUCCCACCUCACUGUGGUCUCUCUCUACUAUGGAACCAUCAUGUUCAUGUAUUUGCGUCCACGCCGCAGUUACUCUCCUGAGAUAGACAAAACGGUGUCCAUCUUGUACACAGCAGUGACUCCCAUGCUUAACCCUAUCAUCUACAGCAUGAGGAACAAGGAGGUCAAAGGCACCAUAAGAAAGAAACUGGUCAGACAAAUAAACUCUUAA